AUGAGGAUAUUGAAGUAUGAUGAUAUGCAGAGUGCCCACAAACUGUUGAUCAAACGUAGCUAUGCACUGUUGGUCGAUCGUCUGAUCACUGGCAUUCACCAAUAUUGGUCAUCAAGGGCUUUGGGCAUGCUUGUUGUUCAUGCCACAACAAAGGAUGUCCCGCUGUUUCAUCAUGUCUACCGUAUACAUCAACUACGAUUCACUGAUCGGGCACUACUCGCCGCUGCAGCAGUCUCUGGCCAAGUGGACAUAUUCAAAGUGCUCGAGUCACAAGUGCAUCCUUGCUCUUUGCUGGCGGCCAACAAUGCCAUACCAAAGUUGGCUGGGAAGAAGGAAUACGAUGGAGGAUACUUCGGCCCAUGGCAGGACACGGUUGAAAAGCAAGAGCAAGAUGACUAUGUGUUGCUGGCCCUGUCCAAUGGCAACAGACAACUGUUUGAGUAUCUGUUGCCCCGCCAACCCAGGAGGAUAACUGCUGCUAGAAGUCAAGAUGAUUAUGUUGUCCCCAAGCUCGUCACUGAUAGAAUCAACUGGGUCGACAUGGCAUCAAUGGUGAAACAGCUCAUCAAGUACAUUGACAACCAGAACAAACGACCAGGAUGCAACCAGAGCAUUGGUCAAUACUUGGAGCAUCCAUUCUACGUCAUACUCAAGUGUAAUGACAUGGAAUUGGUCCGCAUGUCAUUCAACAAACAUAUAAAGUCAGUUAGCUAUCAACAGCUACGAGUGUACUGCGAAGAAACCUUCAUGCCAGUCAAGCGAUCGGACAAAGAUGUUGACAAUCCGUUCGGGCCCAGACAGCAGGUUGUCUACAACAAUGACGAUGAGAGUACCCCAACUGAUCCAGAGACGUUGAAACAAUCAUACAACUUCCUUCUUAGUGUCUUGGACUACACCUCUGUUGGACGUACGAGUUUGACAAAGUCCUCUAUGAUGUUUGCUGAGACAUUCAAAGAUGUUCUGACCUCCGGAACUGGCACGAUGUUCCUAGCCUUGUUCCAGAUGCUCACUAGGUUGGCCGAGAACCAGGAAAAGCCACAGAUAUUCCCCCUUCUAUCAAACAUCAGAAAGGGAUUGUUCAUGCACAUCAAUAUGGACAAUGAAUCAACAUCCACUCAAUUGUACAAGGACCUGCAGAGAUACCUUGUUCGCAACCAUCAUGGUAUGGCUUCACUAUGUACAUUUGGUUCAUUGUACAUGGUCUCCAACGCAAGCAUGCACUUCAAAGGAUGUGAGACUGAGGUUGAGCAACUACUCAAUCAUCCAGCUCGAACCAAUCUCAAGUCGUACGUUCAGAGGAAGGCUCAAUUGGACCUGCUUCAAACAUCAAAGUUGUUUGUCUAUCCCAAGACUUUAUCAAUUCAGGGAUUCAACAGACUUCACAAUCUUUAUCCACUGGAUAGACACAACGUUGUUACGUAUCUUGUGGCCCUGGGCGAUGUCUUGGGACUACGUGCAGCCGUACAAGAUCACCCAAAGCUUGCCACAAAGUCAGGUGCUCAUGAGCGUACUCUCAAGUACCUGGUGUCGAAGCAUCCAAUCAAGAUAAGACUUGGACUCGGCGCGGUACUUAGGCUGUUCCACUUUAACAUUGACGCCGAGCUUAGGAGUGAUUGCACGUUGGAGGAGAUCAAACAAUUAACAGUCAAAUUGAUACAAGAACUGUUGGUGCUCAGGGCAGAUACAUACGGUGGUCUCAUUGACCAAGAGAUACUCAAGUAUCUAGUGCCAUUCACUGUCAAGUACCAAGAUAAGGUCCCGCUGCAUCUGCCAUUGUUUGUUCAAAUCAUCAACUAUGCCAUUGUGAUGGGAUUGAUUGACCUUGUCAAAUGGAUUUCCGUUAACUUCCAUGACCAUAUGAUUGCCAUGAUGAGGAUGCAGAGCUAUCUAAAGUUGGCAAUUGAUCAUCAUCAGAACUCAAUCUUCCUGUACCUCACUGAACACUUCAAGGUCACCUAUCAACCAAAAUUGGAGAAUGCGGGAAGACUUAGAGACAUGGUCCAGUUCGAUUGGAUCAUAUCACUCAAUCAACCCAUUAAUCUAGAGUCAUGGUACAAACUGUUGCUUGAAGCCAGUGAGAUUGGUAACAGAGUAUUGAUUGAACACAUCCAUGUCAAGUACAAUCCAGAUGUAAGAUAUGGCGAUCUAGUGCACUGCGCAUACAAUUGGAUACUCCCAAUGACCAAGAGUUCAUACAUAUUCUCAAGCAAGACAUUUACCAACACCCAAUUCAUCAGCAAGAGCAACGAGAAGAGCAACAAAUGA